AAUUAAAACUUUUAAAUAGUAGGCGCUCUUACGGUGUUCCUCUCGUUACUAAUUUAAAAGUACGAUGAACCCUUCAAAGAAUAUUGAAAUGUAAAUAACUAAUGCAUUUAUUUUCUCUUAUAUACUAUUGAAACUUAACAUAUGGUCCUUUCUCUCAUGAUAUGAUGAUUCUAUUGAAUAACUCAUGCAUGCACGUAGCUUUCCAUCAAAUUAAAGAAAAAUAAUAAUAUACGCCAUCUUUAUAUCUUUAUAAAUUGUAAUGCGUAGCACUACUACUCUUUUAUUUUGUUCCUAACAAUAACAGCAAGAAAAUUCAAAGAAAAAAGCUGGCAAAUGAAAACAUAUACAUAUUAUUAUGGUCAAUGUACUCCCCUUGUAUAAUAAUCUCCUUAACAAAUUUUUAACUUGUAUUCAGAUCAUGUUGCUCAUCAUUUUAUGUGUACUCCAUCAAUCCUCCACGUACAUAUAAAGGCUACAAUACUGCCUUUUCCUGAGCACACAGCAGAAGAGAGGCUCCCCGAAGUUGCGUCGACCGACGAUGGCGAACUCGCGGGCUCUCUUCUUUGCAUUCGUCGCGUUGAUUGCGGUGGGGUGGGGGGCCGUCGUCGUCGUUGUCGUCGACGCGAAUUUCGCCUCGGAGACCAGCUGCAACUGGGGUGGUGCAAACUGCAAAAUAGAUGGGGAUAAUCUCCAAUUUAUCCUCAAUAAGUGGUCAGGGGCUGGCAUUGUAACCAAGCAACAGUUCAUUUUCGGAAGCAUAGAGAUGCAGAUCAAGUUAGUUCCUCGGGAUUCCGCCGGCACAGUUACAACAUACUACACGUCGUCGACUGGGAACAAGCACAACGAGGUCGACUUCGAGUUCCUUGGGAACGUGUCGGGCCAGCCGUACACCAUCCACACAAACAUUUUUGUCGGAGGUGUCGGAAACAGGGAGGAGCAGUUCAGGCCUUGGUUCGACCCGACCGACGGCUACCACACAUACACCAUCUUCUGGAACCCCAGUAUGAUUCUGUGGUCCAUAGACGGAACUCCAAUCCGGGUGUUCAAGAACCGGAACAGCAAGGGGAUUCCGUUCCCGCUGUCGCAGCCGAUGAAGGGCUACACCAGCUUGUGGAACGCAGACGACUGGGCGACGCAGGGGGGACGGAUCAAGACGAACUGGUCGCACGCGCCGUUCAUCGCCAACUACAAGUCAUUCCAGCAGAGAGUGUGCGCAUACGCCGGGCCAAACAGUGCCAGGCAAUGUGCCGCUCCGAGUGCCGCCAAUUGGUACACCGCGCCGCAGUACAAAACUUUGAGCCGGUCGCAGAUCGAUCAGCUGAAUUCGGUCAGAAACAAGUACAUGAUCUACAACUACUGCAAGGACACAAAUCGAUUCAACGGCAAAAUGGCCCCUGAAUGUUCGUACCCGCCGUACUGAUGAUCAUCAAGGAUGGGGUUCAGUCUAAACUCUAAAGAUCGGGUGUUGACGACUCAGUGAGUAAUAGCAUUCUUUUUUUCUCCUCUUUUUUAUUUCCCCUUUUAUAUGUAAACUUUUGUUGCGUACUACUACUCAUGAUGGAUAUUUGAAUUUUAUGACUGUUUCUUUAUUCUUUAUUAUGAUCAUGUCUUUUUUUUUUUCCCUGGAUAUAUGAAAUAAAUGAGUUUGAAGAUCGAUACUACUUGAAUUAAACACUCGUUCUCUCCUUUGUCUCCCUAGCUUUC